GGGCCGGGAGGCGGGGCUGGGCCCGAGCCUGCUCGGAGGUGGGGAACCCCAGGCCAAACUUUCUGAAGUUGGGAGGGGGCGGGAGUGUGCGCGCCGUGGGCGGAGGACUGGGGCCAGGGGACCCCGAGCAACCGCGCCCAGCCGCCCCUCAGGGGCAGUAGCCAGUGAAGAAGUGGAGCCUGGGGGUGGAACUCAGUGUGGCAACUGAGGAGAGGGAGAGUGACCCCGAGGGAGAGAACUGGAGUGUCCCUGAGACGUGGCUUCCUCAGCCGAGGGUCUGAAGAACCUGCAUGGGUCUUCAGGAGAGGAUGGCGGGGGAAUUGAGCUGCUGAGGGGGCCCCAGGACAUUAGGGAAUCGGGGACUCGCCCCCUCUGACUCUAAGGGAAUGGGGACAGCAGCAGCUGGUUUAGCAGAACCCCAGGCCCUGGAGCAGGGGCACACCCUGCUUAAUCCCCAGGUCCUUGCUCUGAGGGUCUCACUCACUCAUGGCUGAUGUGGUUUCAGCUGGAGGCCCAGACAUGCCUUCCCCAGUGUGGUCAGGAGGGUCCAGUGGUGUCUGAGACCAUCGUGGAAGGUUGGCGAGGAUAGGCCAAACCCUGGCCCUAAGCUGUGGGCCAGAUGACAGGGCUUCCCUGCCCCCACCCCUUGGUUCUCGAGCCUCUAGGGCUCUGAGUCAGACACUCUACUUGCCCCGUCCUCUUGGGCCUCUCCACCUGGCAGGGUGAAGGCCAAGGGAGCCCUGAUGUCCUCUUCCCCUUCCUGCAUGUGGGCAUCUGGAAGGCCUGGUGUGGAGACUGGGAGAAUUGCUGCUUUCGCCUGUUUUGGGGAGAACCAAGAGACUAGGUUGGUGAAGGGAGCUGGGACAGAGUCACAUGAGACCAUAACUCCAAAAGGAGCUGAGGUUGGGGUUGGGGGAGGCUGGCUCUGUGACAUCCGAAGGGCGUGAGCUUGUUCUUUGUGGUCCAGUAAGUAGCAGGAAGGGGAAGAGAGUGUAUGAAGAUUUUUUGGGCAGAUGAGACAUUCUAAGAUGGAAAGGGCUGCCAGGGAGUUAGGGACCCUCUGACCCUGGAAUAUGUGAGCAGAGGCCAGUGAGCACUCUGGCGAGGGGCAUGGCAGAGCAUCAGAGGCUUCCCAGAGACGAACCUCUGGAUGGGAUGAGAGAUUGUCCAGGCCUCAAGGCCCUUGCUGCCCUACCUCCAGCCUGGGGUGGAGAACUGGUGAAGUAGAGUGCUUGCGAUCCUGCCUCCCCACCCCUCCUCCAGCUUCCUAGCAGAACCUGAUAGGGGAAUCCCUGGACUAGAAUGGGGGAAAGAUCCUUGAUGACCUAAAGGCUGUGUAGUCCAAGCAGCCCUUGGGGCUUGGGCCCCUUCAGCAGCCACCUCAGUUGGACCAUGCCACUUCACCAUCCUGUGUCCUAUUCCAGCACUGCUACUGUUGCUGAAAAAGAAAGUGGUAUCUGAAUCCAAAGCACAAAAGAGAUUCAGUGCCCUGUGAUCUGUGUGAUCGUGGGGAUGUGGGUGCGACGGUGCCUUCGGGAGGAUGACAUUUCCUCCGCUGGCUGGUCAGGGAGGCCUCCCAGCAGAAGUGCUCUUUGUGCAGAGCCCUCAGAAAGGAAGGCAGAAGAAGCCACGGCCGCUAGACCCCGGUGAGGGCUCCAAGGACACAGACAGUUCAGCUGGGCGGCGGGGCGGCGUGGGCAGAAAGCAUGGACGCUGGCGGGGCCGUGCUGAGAGCCCCGGCGUGCCCGUGGCCAAGGUGGUACGGGCAGUAACCAGCCGGCACAGAACCAGCCGGCGGAUCCCCCCCACCCCGCCCCCAGAGGCCCCAGGCCGCCAGAACCUGAGUGGGGCAGCGGCCGGGGAGGCGCUGGCUGGGGCGGCUGGCUUCCCACAUGGAGACACAGGGAGUGUGGAGGGCGCCCCCCAGCCCACAGACAACAGCUUCACGCCCAAGUGCGAGAUCGUGGGCAAGGAUGCUCUGUCUGCACUGGCCCGGGCCAGCUCCAAGCAGUGCCAGCAGGAGAUCGCCAACGUGGUGUGCCUGCACCAGGCCGGGAACCUCAUGCCCAAGGCUGUGCCCCGGCACUGCCAGCGGGCUGGGAAGAUGAGCCCCGGCAUCCAGUGGGACGAUGUUCGGGCCCAGCAGCCUGUGGAUGGCCCCCCAGUACGAAUCGCCUACAUGCUGGUGGUCCACGGCCGCGCCAUCCGCCAGCUGAAGCGUCUCCUCAAGGCUGUCUACCACGAGCAGCACUUCUUCUACAUCCACGUGGACAAGCGCUCCAACUACCUGCACCGAGAGGUGGUAGAGCUGGCCCGGCAGUAUGAUAACGUGCGGGUGACGCCCUGGCGCAUGGUCACCAUCUGGGGCGGAGCCAGCCUGCUGAGGAUGUAUCUGCGGAGCAUGCAGGACCUGCUGGAGGUGCCCGACUGGGCCUGGGACUUCUUCAUCAACCUCAGUGCCACUGACUACCCGACCAGGACCAACGAGGAGCUGGUAGCUUUCCUGUCCAAGAACCGGGACAAGAAUUUCCUCAAGUCGCAUGGCCGGGACAACUCCAGGUUCAUCAAGAAACAGGGCCUGGACCGGCUCUUCCAUGAGUGCGAUUCGCACAUGUGGCGUCUGGGCGAGCGGCAGAUCCCAGCGGGCAUCGUGGUGGAUGGCGGCUCUGACUGGUUCGUGCUAACGCGCAGCUUCGUGGAGUAUGUGGUGUACACAGACGACCCGCUUGUGGCCCAGCUACGUCAGUUCUACACGUACACGCUGCUCCCAGCCGAGUCCUUCUUCCACACGGUGCUGGAGAACAGCCCAGCCUGCGAGAGCCUCGUGGACAACAACCUGCGGGUCACCAACUGGAACCGCAAGCUGGGCUGCAAGUGUCAGUACAAGCACAUCGUGGACUGGUGCGGCUGCUCCCCUAACGACUUCCAGCCGCAGGACUUCCUACGGCUGCAGCAAGUCUCCAGACCCACCUUCUUCGCCCGGAAGUUUGAGUCGACUGUGAACCAGGAGGUAUUGGAAAUCCUGGACUUCCACCUAUAUGGCAGCUACCCCCCUGGCACUCCAGCCCUCAAGGCCUACUGGGAGAGCACCUAUGACGUGGCCGAUGGCCCCAGUGGGCUCAGUGAUGUCAUGCUCACUGCUUACACCGCUUUCGCCCGCCUCAGCCUGCGCCACGCCGCCACCGCUGCAUCCCCGCUGGCCAACCCACUCUGCAGGUUUGAGCCCAGGGGCUUGCCGUCCAGCGUGCACCUGUAUUUCUAUGACGACCAUUUCCAGGGCUACUUGGUGACGCAGGCGGUGCAGCCCUCAGCCCAGGGGCCGGCAGAGACGCUUGAGAUGUGGCUGAUGCCCCAGGGGUCGCUGAAGCUGUUGGGGCGCAGUGACCAGGCCAGCCGGCUCCAGAGUUUGGAGGUUGGCACCGAGUGGGACCCCAAAGAGCGUCUUUUCCGGAAUUUUGGGGGGUUGCUGGGGCCGCUGGACGAGCCUGUGGCCAUGCAGCGCUGGGCCCGAGGCCCCAACCUCACAGCCACUGUGGUGUGGAUCGAUCCCACCUACGUGGUGGCUACAUCUUACGACAUCGUGGUAGACGCGGAAACCGAGGUCACGCAGUACAAGCCCCCACUGAGCCGGCCCCUGCGGCCAGGGGCCUGGACUGUUCGACUGCUUCAGUUCUGGGAACCCCUGGGUGAGACCCGCUUCCUCGUGCUGCCCUUGACCUUCAACCGCAAACUACCUCUCAGGAAAGAUGAUGCCAGCUGGCUGCACGCUGGGCCACCCCACAACGAGUAUAUGGAGCAGAGUUUCCAGGGACUCAGUGGCAUCCUGAACCUGCCUCAGCCAGAGCCCGCAGAGGAGGCCGCCCGGCUGCACGCGGAGCUCACGGGCCCUGCGCUGGAGGCCUGGACAGAUGGGGAACUAGGUGGCUUCUGGUCUGUGGCCGGACUGUGUGCCAUGGGCCCCUCUACCUGUUCCUCCCUGGAGCUCUGCAGACUGACCAGCUGGAGCUCUCUGUUCCCCGACCCCAAAUCAGAGCUGGGGCCUGUCAAACCAGAUGGACGACUCAGGUAGCAGGGUCCCAGCCAGCGCCUCCGGAGGACCCGGGGAAUUGCACCUUACAGACGAUGGAGGGAUGUCCCCUUCAUAUGCAAGAACCAGAGGCCCAGGCAGUAGACCCGUGUCAGCCAUCAAGAACUGUAGACGGCAGGGAAGGUGGGCUUAGUAUUUACCACCACAAAUGGCUCUGCUGGGGACCAGGAUGUUGGCAGGAACAUGGGGUGAAGGGCUUCAGCUUCCACAGCCCACUCUUCCUCACCUUCCCCUCUAAUUUUUUUUUUUUUUUUUUUUUAAAGAAAAAUGGGUAGUGGGGGGAUGAACUGGAAACAAAAGAUGUGCAAUAGGGCUCAGAGCAGCCCCAGGAAGUGGGCCAUGGCUCUGGGGAGCAGGGGCCUGACGAGCCCAUCUGCUGCUGCUCUGGAGGGGGCUGGGCCUGCCUCGCUCUCCAGGGCUUCAUCCCCCAGCCUUGGCCUGUGCUGCUAACUGCUGAGGCUCUGCAGGGGUCCAAGUGCUAUGCCAGGCUCUGAGGCCUGGAGAACAGGUGAUUUAGGGGAGCACUGCAGAGCUGGAAUCUAAUGGGUCAGCCUCUCCUCUUAUAGCCAGGGGACCAUAGAAGAGGGGGUGGGGUUGGCUCUAGGGCUUUCCAGCAUCCCCUGCCCCUUGAUGGGAAAGCAGGGCACCAGGGCCUACUGAGACCAUUGCGGAGUCUCCCAGGUACCCAGAACUGCAAGCAGGGCCUGGGGCGAGCCCUCAUGAGCAGCAUGGGAAGAAGACUCUGCCAGGGCUCUCAGAAGAACCUGGAGUAGCAUUGUGCCUGAAGCUCAGUGUGAAGUCUGAAAUAUGCAACAGAAGAAAUAUAUCUCUAUCUCUCUCAA